AUGCAGGGAGUACUUGGUUCGGUGGCCCCGACCACACUCAAGUCCUACUCGGCCGCGGUUCAGCGCUUCGGGGCUUUCACUUGGGGGGCCGGGGAUGGGGCCUUUCAGCCCCCCUCUCAGGAGGAGGUGCUCCGGUACCUGGCUCAUCUGCGGGCCCUGGGGCGGGCUCCCCGCACCAUGCGGCAUGACUUAGCAGCAGUCUCCUUCUUUUGUAAAGCACUAGGUUUCCCUGACCCAUGCUGCGGCUUCAUCCCUCGCAGGGCCAUAGAGGGCUGGGCUAGGCUGGUCCCUCCCCCUCCGGACAAGAGGCGGCCCAUUUCCCUAUCCAUUCUGCGUUGCAUUUUAAGGGUGCUACCUGACCUUUGCUGGUCCUCCUUUGAGGUGCAGCUGUUUCACACGGCCUUUUCCCUGGCCUUUUUCGGGGCCCUUCGAGCGGGCGAGCUGGUGGCAGGUUCCCGGGCCGACACAAGCGGCAGGGCUCUGUCAUUCACGGACGUGUCCUGGUCCCCCCGGCAGGUGCUCAUUUCUAUCCGGCGCUCCAAGACGGAUCAGCGCGGCAAGGGGGCAGCCGUUUGCCUACGGGCCUCCCGGCGGGGGCCUGUGUGCCCAGUGCGGGCAGUGGGGGCCUAUUUGCAGGUCCGCCCCCCCCAGCAGGGCCCCUUCCUCAUCCACAGGGAUCUCUCGCCCCUCACCCGCUAUCAGUUCGCGUCCCUCCUUCGGGCAUGCCUGGAGAUGGCCGGACUCCCCCCCUCCCAGUUUGGCACGCAUUCCUUUCGCAUCGGAGCUGCCACAGAGGCUGCCGGCCUCGGGCUGCCGGACAGGGCCAUCAUGGCCAUUGGGCGCUGGCGGUCGCGGGCCUUCCAGUCUUACAUCCGCCCACACUGGAAGAGCGGGCACUGA